CGGCAGCAGAAGCUAUGGCGACAGCGAUGGCAGCUACGGCAGCGGAGCGCGCGGUGCUGGAGGAAGAGUUCCGCUGGUUGCUGCACGAUGAAGUGCACGCGGUUCUCCGGCAGCUCCAGGACAUCCUCAAGGAGGCCUCGCUACGCUUCACGCUCUCUGGCACUGAGGGACCAGCAAAGCAGGAGAACUUCAUCCUGGGCAGCUGUGGAACAGACCAGGUGAAAGGUGUGCUUACUCUCCAAGGGGAUGCCCUGAGCCAGGCGGACGUGAACCUGAAGAUACCACGGAACAACCAGCUGCUGCAUUUUGCCUUCCGGGAGGACAAACAGUGGAAGCUACAGCAGAUCCAGGACGCCAGGAACCACGUGAGCCAAGCCGUUUACCUUCUCACCAACCGGGACGAAGGCUACCAGUUCAGGACGGGAGCAGAAGUCCUCAAGCUAAUGGACGCUGUGAUGCUGCAGCUGACCCGAGCCCGCAACCGACUCACCACCCCGGCCACCCUCACCCUACCCGAGAUCGCCGCCAGUGGCCUCACGCGCAUGUUCGCCCCCGCCCUGCCCUCGGACCUGCUGGUGAACGUCUACAUCAACCUCAACAAGCUCUGCCUCACCAUGUACCAGCUGCACCCCGUGCAGCCCAACUCCAGCAAGAACUUCCGCCCUGCCGGAGGCGCUGUACUCCACAGUCCAGGAGCCAUGUUUGAGUGGGGCUCCCAGCGUCUGGAGGUGAGCCACGUGCACAAAGUGGAGUGUGUGAUCCCCUGGCUCAACGACGCCCUGGUCUUCUUCACGGUCUCCCUGCAGCUCUGCCAGCAACUCAAGGAUAAGAUCUCCGUCUUCUCCAGUUACUGGAGCUACAGAGCCUUCUGAGCAGAGCAUC